AUGACCAAUGAAAUUAGAAAGAUUCAAAAUAAUAAUAUUAAGGUAAAUGAUAACAAUGAAAACGUUCAAAACAACUCAAGUUAUAAUCACAAUGUAACCGACAAUGAUAACCACGUUUCUAUCGAUCAUAACAGCCAUAACAACACAAGCAACACUGACAACAACACAAGAAACAACACAAACAACAAUGACGACAAUAUAAGCGAUUAUAACACGAACAAUAAUGAUAGACGUAUUAUCAAUGAUCAUGAUAAUGAUAACACAAAUAACAACGAAAACAAUGGUAACCAUGUUACUAUUGCACAAGUCAUUGUCGAUAACCUAAUCAACAACGACAACCAUGUUAUUUCCAAUAAUCUUGUCAGUAAUGUAAACAACUCAAACAACGACGUUGUUGCUGAUCAUGUCGGUGACAAUAAUGCAAACUCUAUUACCAACUCCAACAACAAUAACAGCGACAAUAACGAUGACCAUGUGGAUCAUGUCAAUGAUAACAACACAAUCAAUGACAACCUCGUUAUCGCAAACUCCAUUCAUAACAAUAACAACAACUCANACAACAAUACCGACAGUGCAAAAUUAACUUUAUUUUAUCGUAACUUAAUGAGCUCUUCGUAUAAAGAAGACGAAUAUAUAAUUAGAAAAAUCAUUAAAAAAGGAGUCCAUCCAGUUGAUUCUAAUGAAAAAAUAAACCUUCUUAUUUAUUAUAAAAAUUUUAAGUCGCAACAACUACUAAUAAAAAAUAGUCCCAACGUUAAACUAGCAACAACACAGCACUCCCACGUCAUCUACCAAUUUCUGUCCUCACGAAGACUGUAG